UUGUUCCUCUCGCGUUAUACCACGGAUUAUGUAUCUUUGAGCUGCUUAAAGCAGUGCCGACUCAUCACUAAAAAGAUUUCAGCCAAAACUUCGUUUUAUUCUUGUUGAAGGAGAUUCUCGAACUUCAUUUUAUCAUUGAGUGGGAUAUUGUUUCUUUGAAAAUUCUACAAUAUGAUUAUAACUCUGAAAAAUUUACAGCAACAAACUUUUACGGUAGAAAUUGAACCAUCCGCAACGGUAAGAGAGCUUAAGAAACAUAUCGAGACUCAAGAAGGCUUCCCUACCGAACACCAAAAGUUAAUAUAUGCUGGAAAAAUAUUAAUCGAUGACAAACCCCUUACGGAGUAUAGUAUCGAUGAAAAGAAAUUUAUAGUUCUAAUGAUUACAAAACCAAAAGCUGGUAGUGGUUCGGCUGCGAGCGAAGAGCACAAUGUUGAAAGUGACAAUAAGGAAGACACAACUACCAGCUCAGCACCACCACCACCUAGUACAAACCCUAGCGGUCAAACUGUAUCUCAACCAUCGACAAAUGUGCAAGAAUCUACAGUGACAGAGCCAGCAGCUGCUGGAGGACAAGCCGAGAGUGCCUUGCUGAUGGGUGAAGAAUACAAUACAAUGGUAAACAAUAUCAUGGAUAUGGGAUACGAGAGAGAACAAGUUGAACAGGCUUUACGAGCGAGCUUCAACAAUCCAGAUAGGGCGGUUGAAUAUCUUCUGACAGGUAUACCCGCUCAACUAUUUGAGGAUCCAUUGGAGGAUCCUGCAGAAGCGCAAGAACAAAUUCAAGAUCAAGGCCAAGAUCCUUUAGCAUUCUUGCGAAUGCAACCACAGUUUCAACAAAUGCGCCAAGUUAUUCAACAAAAUCCUCAACUUUUAAAUACCGUGCUCCAGCAAAUAGGACAAACUAAUCCUGCCCUUUUACAGCACAUUUCACAGAAUCAGGAAGCAUUUAUACGUAUGCUGAAUGAGCCAGUAGAAACAACUGGUGGUACAGGCGCACGAGUUAUGCCUGUAUCUGCAGCAGCGGUAGCAUCUGCGGCCGCUCCAGGUGGUCUUUCAGGUGGUGGAUCUAGUACACGGGCGGCUGUUGAAAUGAUUCAGUUAACACCGCAAGACAGAGAGGCUAUUGAUAGGUUGACGGCGUUAGGAUUUCCAGAACAUCUAGUUGUACAAGCUUACUUUGCAUGUGAAAAAAAUGAGAAUCUUGCUGCUAACUUUUUGCUAUCUCAAAAUCUCGAUGACUGAAGUUAUACAUAUGUAUGAGUUUGAAAUAUCAAUGGACUGAGAAAGGGUGGGUAAAUUACAUCAUAACCACUUAUUUUCACAGUAAUUACGAUUGCUUUGUUUGUAAAUAUACGUACAUGUUUAGGAUAUUUUAUUCAUUAUAUACAGGAGAAUUGACAUGUAUACCAACAAGCUAAAUUUUAUGUGAUAUAUUCAUCAAUGUAUCAAAAUGGCUGGAAAUGCAACAAAUUUAAAAUUACACACACUGAUAUAAAAUUCUAUUUGUUGUGCUAUAUCCAUGAUGGAUUUCACCUAAAACACAUCAAUAUUGCAGGCUAUAAAAGAAUCAUUUGGAGCUUGUAUUAAUACAUUCAUACUUAUAGAUGAUAACAGUCGUAUGGUAAUGAAUCUUUGCUUCUUCACCGUCUGGAGCAAAUUAAUACUAUUUUUACGUAAGAAAGUCCACGUAACAUUUGUAGUCUGUUAAUAGAAUAUACGUUUAUUUCAUUGUAUUUAUACAUUCAAAACUAAGGAUAGCUAUAGAUCGGUAAAUAAUAAUAAAUAAAAGUACACCUUUUGUGCGUGCAUUUAAAUAAAUAAUUGUGCGUAUGCGCGAAAGGUCUAUACAUAUAUAUCUCCAGUUCAUUAAUGUACUUUUGUGCACUUGAUGGACUUUCUAAUGUAAAAACAAUAUAGGUGCAUUCAUAUACGGUCGGAAUUAGUGCUUGUAUAUGCGUGUACAUUUGCGUAUGUAUAAAAAGAGAAAAAAGAAAAAAAAAAAAAAGAAAGAAAAAAGAAAAGAACAAAAAAAGAAAUAAAAAAAAAAAAAUGGGAAAAAGGAAGAAAAAGAAACAAAAAAAUUGAUCUCUUGAUAUUUUUUAAACGAAAAUAAUAAAAGAUAGUUGCACAUGAAAGAGAAAUUUAACAAGUCAAUCCAUUAAAUGUGCAUUAAACGAUUAUAACACAGUUUCUAGCGUUGAAUUAAUAUAACGAAGAAAUUUUAAUUGAUACGUAUACGUGCAUCAAACUUCUUUGUUAAGAACUUCUUUCUUAAAAAUAUUAUUUUCAUGAAAAUAUUAAAUAUAUUAAUAUUUCAUAUACAUAGAUAACUCUGUGAGUAUAAAAUUUGCAGAUUUUUAUCAUAUACGGUUUUGCGAGAGAAAUAUAUAGAAAUUGUAGAUACGGCGUGACUUAUAGUCACCGAUUGCAACCAUUAGAUUAAUACUCGGAUCGAUGAGAGCUUUUACGAAGAAAAAAAAAAAAAAAAAGAAAAAAAAAUGAAAAGUAAAAAAUAAAAGUAUU